AGUAUUCUUGCAAUAUUGGGUCAAUUCCAUCUUGACCUAUUGUAAGGUUGUAUAUGCAGGCAUUCCAAAGAUCUUGUUUGUUGCCACUCACAAGGACAAAGUACCAACGGAGAAUGUUGAGACCAGACGUGAAGAGCUUAACAGAGGAAUUGAGGAGUUGUUUAAAGACCACGAGGGGAAACAUCAUCUGGUCCUCAGACCUCUAAUAUUUGUCAAUGCAAAAAAUCAAGAUGAACCAGAAAUAGAAGUUCUGAAGAAAACAAUUACAGAACUUACAUUCAACCACCCAUGUUGGGUGAAAGAAUGCCCAAUGCUUGUGUUCCACUAGAGCUGGAGAUCGCUGAAUUAGUGGCAGAAGGAAAACAAAUUAUGUCAUUGGCUGAAGUUAAAGAAUUAAAUGUUAUCAGCGAGGUGUCUGUCCUGUCUCCUGAGCAGCUGACUGAUUUCCUUCAUUAUCAACACUCUCUUGGAAAGAUUGUUUAUUUUGAUACCCCACAGCUAAGAGAUAAUGUUAUCAUAAGUCCCCUUCUUAUGGUGGAAGUUAUGAGAUCAUUCAUUACAGAUGUUGUAUUCUGGCCAAAAGAAGAUAAAACAAGGAAAACCUUCAAAAAGAUGUCUGAAAAUGGAAUGAUACAAAAAGAAGACCUCUACAAGAUUUGGGAGCAAGAAGAAUUUUGUCAAAUUUUACCAUUUAAAGAGUACAUAUUUGAUAUGCUGAUACACCUUGAUAUUAUAUCAGAGCAACGUAGAUAUGAUACUAAUACGGGAAGUCGGUUACCAGUGGAAAACUUCUUUGUUCACUGUAUGCUAACUAAAAGAAAUGACACAAGAUUCAUGACCUACGAAUGUACACCAGAGAAAACCAUCACUCUAGCUUUUGUUUUCAAAGGGACAAUUAUACCACCAGCCUUACCGAAUCGUCUCAUUAGUGCAUGUCUAAGUAUGUGGACCGUGAAGACAUACGAAGGAAAAAAACUCCUGUUUUCAGGAUUCGUUGGUUUAUCAUUUGAUAAGGCACAUACUAUCGUUGUCUGUGUUGAAGGUAACAAGAUAUUGCUCUACAUCGUCCACAAAACCUCCAAUGGACUGAUUGUACCAGAUAUUGCCACUUGUAUCAAGGAAUGCAUGUUCACAACAUUAGAGAGAAUCUCAGAAUUCUAUCAGUCCACAGUCCAUGUCUCCUCGAUCAGUCAAAAACUACCCUUUCACAUUGAAUAUGCAUGCUCCAGGUUAGAAUGUCAUAUCCCCGAAGAGGCAGCAUUCACAAUUGAUGAAUGGAUCUGUGAUAAACAUAAGAUUGUACAUACUAAAGACUAUUGGAAUAUUUGGAAUCAAGAUCAGACAAAAGAACAAUGUGAAGUGGACUGUACAGGUUUACAUGACGGUGCGUUGAAUCAGAUACCGAGUGAUAUUGAACUUCAAAGAUUUGCAUCAGCUUGUGACGAAACCACCAUACGUGAAUUGGCCCUACAUCUUGGUAUGACGUUUAAAGCAUGGGAAGAACUUCAACGGAAUAACCCUGAUUAUAUUCAGAUUGUCAAGUACAGAAUUCUGGUCAACUGGAGAGAACAAUUUUCAGGAAGAUUCAUCAACAUAGCAAAGGCUUUAACAGAGAUGAAACUAACUACACACAUGUUGUGUCAGGUGAAAAGAAUCCGAAAGGGAAAAUGCGAUAUUAGCGAAGAAUAUUUGGAUUUGAUUCCAACAGAUGAAAUAUUAGAUGAACUAGCACAAGUUAUAGGAGUGGUAUCCUUCCAACUGGGUAUAGAAUUAGGAUUAUCUAUAACAUCUUUAGAUACCAUUCAAUACAACAAUGGACGGAAUUUAGUGGCACAAUGCAAAGAUAUAUUAUUCCAGUGGAGAGAAGAUCAACGAGUGAAGCCAACCAUUGGUGUUUUGGUCCAAGCUCUAGUUAAUAUUGAAAGAGGUGCUUCAUGUUUGGUGGAAAUAAUUAAAACAGUAGGUGUGAAGAAAUACAUUCCACAUGAGAAAAAGGAGAAAGAGGGAAAGGUUAAGACACUUUUGAAAAGAUUUAAUCCUUUUCAAAAGAGGAAAAAGUAG